AUGAUAACAGUUCUACAGAUAGAGAACGUUUACUAUCCCGUUCUUGCAGCAUUCGGCGUUCCCGCCAACUUAAUGACAAUUGCGAUUCUCUCCAGGGGGAAUUGUGACCUAUCGAAAUGUAUCUCCCUCUACAUGACCGCUAUGGCCGCAGCAGAUCUUUUGGUCAUGAUUUUCAAUGUAAUAAUUUAUCGCGUUAUCAGCUUUCACUUUCCGUCUUCAUUCCUGUCCUACACUGCCGUUUGUAAAUUCAUCCUGUCUUUGAAUCCUGCUAUCCUGGAUCUGUCUGUCUGGUUCACUGUCUCCUUCACAUUUGACCGAUUUGUAGCUAUAUGUUGUCAGAAAUUUAAAACAAAGUACAGCACUCAGAAAACAGCGACUGUGGUUUUAACAAUCGUCUCUGUUGUGAUGUAUUUCGAGAACAUCCCUUUUUGGUUUGCAUAUGAACCUGAACGAAUAAUUAACAAUAUCUCCUGGGGUUGCCUCUCCAGUGUAGUCUUUUACUCAUCGCCUGCAGGUGUGGCGUACUCCUGGUUUAAAAGCAUUUUUGUUGCUUGGCUUCCUUUUUGCUUGAUAUUACUGUUUAAUUGUUUGACAAUCAGGCGCAUUAUAGUGGCCAGCAGAGCCCGCAGGGCACUUCGGGGUCACCACCGUGAGAAUCAGAGUGAUUUAGAAAUGAAGAACAGGAGAAAAUCGAUUACUUUAUUGUUCGGAGUAUCGGGCAGUUUUCUACUGUUUUGGCUGACAGCUGUCGUUAGUUUUUUAACUACGAGAUUGCCAAGUACCGCACAAACCCGAGGCGAUUUUGCAACUCCUGAAUACAUCGCGACUGAAACCGGAUGCAUGCUAAUGUAUUUGAGUUCCUGUUCAAACACAUUUAUUUAUGCAGCAACACAAACUAAAUUCAGGGAAGAGAUUAAGAAGGUGAUGAUAAUUCCCUGGACUUUGAUUCUGACUUUGGUUAAAAAAAAAGAGAAAAAAAAAAAGACAUUUUCCUCUCCUAGUUAG